AUGGAUCCCUUUAUCAGCAACCUGGACGCUGUUGAAGCAUCUGUCCAAGUUGUUGGUGACCAUCUGAAUCGGAUAAAGGAACGAUUCUCAUCGAUAGAAGCUUUAGAAGAAAAACUCACAGCACACCUUCGUUCUCGUGGAGUUGAUUAUUCGGAGCAUCCAAUAGCACAAGAAUUGGAUAGAGUGAAGCUUUACAUGAAGAAAAUUAUUCAAAUACGAGAAGCUCAAGCUGGGAAAACGUCAAAGGGUAAACUCUUCCUUCGAACAUUCUCACUAUCAACUGACUUGUUUGCAGACGACGUUCGACCGAAAAUUGAUGCAGAAGUUGCGGAGCGCGUUGUGAGGUUCUACACUGCCGCAAACCAAGCUCUCGACGACAAACCAGGGCAGAGGGAGCGAUCACUGAAAUCUCGGGAACAGGAAGAGCCGACGUCCCCAUCCCCUGAGCGCAAGAAAUCACGAGUCAAGAAAUCCCGUUCACCAUCACCCGCUGCAGUGGAAAUUGUUGUGCCAGUAGAUCCGGAUUCAGCAGAUGAAGUUGAAGUGAUACCUAGCUCUUCAUUUAAAAAGAAGAAAAAGGAUUCUGGAAAGGAGAAAAAUAGCCCAUCAAAUGUUCGAGAGAAAACUAUAGAUAAGGCCACAAAGAAAAAGAAGAAAGAAAAAGAAACGCAAGAGGUGAAUCACGGAGUUCAAAUCAAGGCUCCAGCUCGCGAGAGCCCAUUAAAGAAAAGGAAGGAGAAGCAGCAAAAGGAGUCUACGCAAGAUCAAGAGGUUGUCUCAGCGAAAAAAAGUAAGAAGGAGAAACGGGUAGCUGUGAUGGAAUCGCCUGAGCAAUUUCGAACACCUAAAAUAUCAAAAUCAAGCAAAAAACAGAAAUCAAAACACCGAGAACUACUGUCUAAAGAUCAACUGACUCCUCCUCCAAGUCAUGAAGGAAAAAAGACGAAGCAGAAGUCUUCUCCCAAAGGAUUAAAAGCGCUAGUAAUGGCAGUACAGGGAGUUAAAAAAAAGAGCAAAUCUCGCUAA